CACGCUUCACAGUAGAAGAGUAACCAGACUUUUUAAAAUAUACUGUUAACUUUCUCUUUAGUGUGGCUUUGCAGUUUUAAAAAAUCAAGUUAAUUGGAUUUCAGGACUUCUUGGCUCCUUUUCUCCGGUAUUUGUCUGUUUGCCCACCUGAGCCCGCUACUCAGUUUUGUGCAGCAUGACUUUGCAACGCGUCUGAUCAACUAAAAACUAUAUCAUGGUGACAUUACCUACCGGUGACAUGCCUGCUGUGGGGAUCCUCUGUAAAUGCGCAAUCUCUCACUGUGGAGUAAGCAGCGAAGUCCAGGUGUCACCGGGGAAAAGUGAUGUGUGCAGGAGCGUCAGUUUGAUGUCAGCUGGGAUUUGACAGAGCGCAGGAGUUUGGGAUGAAAGAGAAACCUUAAAAAAAAGACACAUUUCCCCGCUACUUUUACCUGGACUCAACACGGACUGCCCGGAACCAUGGCUUCUGAGAUGGUGUGCGGGCUGGUCUUCAGGCUACUGCUGCCUCUGUGUCUUGUAGCUGCUUGCCUGUUCAGGUACAAUGGCCUGUCCUUCGUCUACCUCAUCUAUCUCCUGCUUAUCCCACUCUUCGCGGAGCCCACAAGCACAACAAUGCAAGGCCACACAGGGCGCCUGCUGCAGUCCCUCUGCUUCACCAGCAUGUCUUUCGUGCUGCUCCACAUCAUCUAUCAGAUUACCGUCAACAGCCUCCUGGCCGGGAAGUCCAUCACCCCCGACUUCAACUGUUCCACGUGGGAGAAAUCCAUACGACAAAUUGGCUUUGAAAGUGUGAUUGGUGCAGAUGCGGGGAACGGCAUCCGAGUGUUCAUCCCCGACAUCGGCAUGUUUGUGGCCGGCCUGGCCAUCUGGCUGCUGUGUCGCAGUCUGGUCCAGAAGAGACCGCCGGAGGACAUGGCCCAGUACAACACCGACUUUGAAGCAGAGGAACAAGAAGAAGAGGAGAAGCUGAGCCUGGACGACAACAUCCUGCUAGAGGAGGACUACGAGGCGGGGUACGAGGCCGAGGAGGAUGAGGAGGAGGACGAGGAGCUGGAGGAGGAGGAAGAGGAGGAAGAGGAGGAGGAAGCAAAGGAGAGCACCAAGAUGAAGAUCCUGCGCCACGUAGCCGAGGUGGCGUCCAAAGUGAAGGAGAUUAUCGGGAACCUGAUCACGACUGCAGGGAAGGUGGUGGUCACCAUCCUGUUGGGCAUGACAGGUAUCAUGCUGCCCUCGUUGACCUCGGCUGUGUACUUCUUCAUCUUCCUCUUCCUGUGCACCUGGUGGUCUCUCUGCCGGACCUUCGAGACGCUCAUCUUCAGCUGCAUGUGCGUCCUCAUGGCCAUCUUCAGCGCCGGACACAUCAUCGUCCUCUACCUCUACCAGUUCCAGUUGUUCCAGGAGUCCAUCCCCGCUGACAAUGUUACUGUAGUAUUUGGCAUCUCCCCCAUUAUCCAGACCGACUGCUCCUACACGUGGAAGCUCAUCGUGCACCCGGAGCGUAAGUGGUACCACUUUGUCAAUCCCAUCAUGCUGCUGCUCCUCUACUACACCCUGGCCACGCUCAUCCGCCUCUGGCUGCAGGAACCCAUCGAUCAGCUGACGGACGACAAGGAAGAUGAUAUGUGUGAGGAGGAAGAUCUGGAUGGAAACACAACGAAUAACGGGGCCAACAGGAAGAGGCAGCUGUGGUGGGAAACACGCCAAGGCACAGAUGAGAAAAACGCUGUUCCCACCUCAAACGGGACGUCCUUUGAGUUCGUCACCACUGAGAAUGGACCGGUCUGCCUGGACCUGUAUUCCACCCCACAGUAUAAAAUGGACCAGCCCAGUGAUGGUACAGAGAAGAAGGAGGAGUGUGUGUAUGAGGUGUCUAUUCCCCUGGAGGAGUCGGAGCAUGAAGGAGGUGAUGAGGAGUCUAAGAUGAAGAAAAGAGGAGUCGGUGCGAUGGUCAAAAUCUUCCAGUUUGUCAUGAAACAGAGCUACAUCUGUGCUCUCAUAGCCAUGAUGGCGUGGAGCAUCACUUACGUCAGCUGGCUGACGUUCGUCUUCCUCAUGUGGUCCUGCAUGCUGUGGAUGGUGAGGGACCGGAGGCGCUACGCCAUGCUGUCCUCGCCCUUCAUGGUCGCGUACGGAAACCUGGUGAUAAGUCUGCAGUACAUCUGGAGUUUUGAGAACAUGGAUCCGGACAAAUACUCGGGUUUCUUUGUCAGGAAGAAAAAUCCUUUCCACUCACUUUCAUCCAAGAUCAUGUGUCUGCUGACCUUUUGGCUGCUGCUGAGACAAACGCUCACAGAGAGACGGGAAAAACAAAAUGAAGAAAGUGCCAGUCUGUCAGACGUCCAUGUGGACGAUGAGAAGAAGAAGGAGGAAGAGGAGUCUGAGGAGGGAGGAGAGCAGGACACCAUGCACGUUCUGGGCACCAUGGUCAUGGCUAUGCUGAUUAAAUACUGGAUCUACAUCUGCGGGGGCAUGUUCUUCUUCGUCAGCUUCGAGGGAACCAUCGUCAUGUACAAGAUCAUCUACAUGAUGAUGUUCCUCUCCUCCGUGGCGCUCUACCAGGUGCACUACGAGUGGUGGCGGAGGAUCCUGAAGUACUUCUGGAUGUCGGUGGUGAUGUACACCAUGCUGGUCCUCACUCUGGUCUACACCUUCCAGUUCAAAAUAUCUGAUGACUUCUGGAAAAGACAGCUGAAAAUGAAUGAAAAUGGCUUGAAGGACCUCGGCCUGGAGAGGUUUACUGUUGCCGCUCUGUUCACCAGGAUUUUUAUCCCCACGUCCUUCCUGCUGGUGUGUAUUCUCCACCUUCACUACUUCCACGACCGCUUCCUGCAGCUCACCGAUCUCCAGGCUGUCAUGGCUAAAGAGGAGAGCACAAUCUACAGACUGGUGCACCAGGAUGGCAGCCUUGCGGACAUCACCAUGCUCAGCGCCAGCUCCGUGGACGCAACGAUAUCCAGAGAGGAGUCGCAGCAGGAGAAGGAGCAGCAGGAGGAUCAGGGGGAGUGGAGGCUGGAGAAGGAGAAGGCCCUGGUGGUGGUGAUGGAUGACACCGACACGACUGGUGAGAAACCGAGGACUUUCUCCGACGCACAGCAGUCCAGCGCCGAGGAGAGCCACCACUGCAGUGCGGGGACGGAGCCGGAGCCGAGCACCGAGCAGAGUUCAGAUCUGAAGAAUAAAUGGCAUCUGGUGGUCGACCGGCUGACGGUGCUCUUCCUGAAGUUCCUGGAGUACUUCCACAAACUGCAGCUGUUCAUCUGGUGGUUACUGGAGAUCCACAUCAUCAAGAUCGUGUCCUGCUACAUCGUCCUGGUCUCGGUCAAAGAUGUUUCUUUGUUCAACUACGUGUUUGUGGCGUCCUGGGCCUUCGCGCUGCCGUACAGCCAGUACCGGCCGCUCGCCUCCAGUGUUUGCACGGUCUGGACGUGUGUCAUCAUCGUGUGUAAAAUGUUGUACCAGCUCAACUUUGUAGAACCCAAAACCUACUCCAAGAACUGCUCAAUGCCAGAUGGCUACUCAAAUGACGAGGAGAUUUACAUGAAGAAUUCUCUGCUGUAUAAGAGUCCGGUGGAUCCAGCUAACUGGGUCGGCCUGGAGAAAUCUGAGGACCUGCUGGGUUACCUAAGGGAAAACCUCAUGAUGCUAGCUCUGUUAGCAUUCGAGGUGACCAUCUACCGCCAUCAGAAUUAUUUCAGACUGAGGAACAAACUGUCGCCUCCCGCUGCCCAGAUCAUCUUCCAUGAUAUCACACGGCAACACCUGGACAUCGGCAUCAUCAGCUUCAUCAAAUACUUCAUCAACUACUUCUUUUACAAGUUUGGACUUGAGACGUGCCUGCUGCUCGUGGUCAAUGUCGUCGGGCAGCGGAUGGACUUCUACGCCAUGCUUCACGCCUUCGCCCUGAUUGGAGUCAUGUACAGACGCAGGAGGAAAGCCAUCGCUGAGAUCUGGCCCAAGUACUGCUUCUUCCUCGCCUGCAUGCUGACCCUCCAGUACUUUGUCUGCAUCGGAAUCCCGCCAGCAGCCUGCAAAGACUAUCCCUGGAGGUUUCCCAACUCUACAACAACCUCCAACGUGGUCAAGUGGCUCUAUGUUCCAGAUUUCCGCACCCCGCCUAAUCCAUCGUUCCUCAUCUAUGACUUCAUCUUGCUGCUGUGCGCCUCCCUCCAGAGGCAGGUCUUUGAUGAUGAAAACAAGGCGGCGGUCCGCAUCAUGGCUGGAGACAACGUGGAGAUCUGCAGGGAUCUGGACGCAGCCUCUUUCAGCGUCCAUAACCCCGUCCCCGACUUCAUCCACUGCAGGUCGUACCUGGACAUGCUGAAGGUCAUCAUGUUCAGCUACCUGUUCUGGUUUGUCCUCACCAUCAUCUUCAUCACGGGGACAACGCGCAUCAGCAUCUUCUGCAUGGGCUACCUGGUGGCCUGCUUCUACUUCCUGCUCUUUGGUGGAGAGCUGCUGCUCAAACCAAUCAAAAAGAUCCUCCACUACUGGGACUUCUUGAUCGCCUACAACAUCUUUGUCAUCACCAUGAAGAACGUGUUGUCUAUCCUGGCUUGUGGCUACAUCAACUCUCUGAUUGAGGACCGCUGCUGGUCGGUCCAGUUGUUCAGUCUGGCCUGCACCAUCAAGGAAUACGACAUCAACCAAUCAAAGAACUGUGACCUGCCUAAAAACGAGGCGGGGAUCAUCUGGGACAGCAUCUGCUUCGCCUUUCUGCUGCUGCAGAGACGAGUCUUCAUGAGCUACUACUUCCUGCACGUGGUGGCUGACAUCAGGGCGUCGCAAAUCCUCGCGUGCAGAGGGGCGGAGCUCUUCCAAGCUACGAUCGUGAAGGCGGUGAGAGCCAGACUGGAGGAGGAGCGCAAAUCUGUGGAGCAGCUGAAGAGACAGAUGGAGCGCAUUAAGGUGAGGCAGCAAAAGUUUAAGAGGGGCAAGGAGAAGAUGCUGAGCAUGGCGCAGGAGUCUGGAGAAGGACAGACCCUCGUCCAGCCCGAGGAGGAGGACGAUGAUGGAGCACAGCGAACGAAAGCCAAGACCAAAAAAAAGCAGUGGUGGAGGCCGUGGGUUGACCAUGCUUCUAUGGUUAGAAGUGGAGACUAUUACUUGUUUGAAACUGACAGUGAAGAGGAAGAGGAGGAGGAGGAGAAAAAGGAGGACGAUCAGCCAAAGAAGUCUGCGUUUCAGCGAGCUAUUGGGAAGUUUGUCUCUGCUGUUAUAGCUUUACCCAAGUCUAUCAUUAAGCUGCCUAAAACCAUCCUGCAGUAUGUAGGCAAGGCAGGCAAGUUUCUUUAUCACGCCUGGAUCACAGACCCCAAAGCUGCUCUAAGAGCACGAGGCAAAGAGAAGCGCAAAUUUUGGAAAAAAUACACAAAAGGAGUCAGACGUAAAAAAAGCAAGAAAGAUGCAGGUCAUGUGACCGUAGAUCUGGGUGAGCUCUCAGAUGGGCAAGACAAACGAGAAGAGGAAAAGUCAAGUGGUCCAGACAACAUCAUCAAGCGAGUGUUCAACAUCCUGAAGUUCACCUGGGUGCUCUUCCAGACGACGGUGGACAGCUUCACUAAGUGGAUGAACGACAUGUGCAGAGAGUACAUCGACAUCUCCACGGUGCUGCGGAUAGAGCGCUGUAUGCUAACCAGAGAGGUCAAAAAGGGUAACGUGCCGUCCAAAGAGAGCAUCCACGUCCUCUACCAGAAGGCCAUGAAGCUCAACAUGUCCCGUCAGGCCAGCAUGGAUCAGCUGAGUGAGGACGACUCGGCCUCGGGCUCCAACAGGCUCCAGAGAAGGAGAAGACCUAACCCGAUGGAGAGCCAGGACUCCACGGCCUCCAGAGACAGCAUCUCCAGCGGUUACACCGAGGCCACCACUCUGUUUUCCCGCCAAUCCACCCUGGAAGACCUGGAUGGGAUGCCAGAAUGCAUUCCCAAAACCAGCGAGCGCGCCCGGCCCAAACUGCGUAAGAUGUACGGCCUGGACGUUUCCACCUCAUCCAUGGACAGCUGUAGCAGCUUCAUGUCCAGUGAAGCGACCCAGGUUGUGACGCUCUACUCCAGACAGGGCACCACGGACACCAUAGAAGAAGUGGAGGAUGAGCACGAUCAAUGGGAAGACAAACAGCAGGCGGUUCCCUGGGAAUCUCAACAGCUGGACGAGAGUGAGGGGGCCGAGGGCGGUGGAUGGAGUGAUGCAGAUCCCAGGGACCAAGGGGAGAAGGAGGUGGAGGGUGAGGCUGAAGAAGGUGAGGAAGGCAUAGAGGUACCAAAGGAGCAGGAGAAUGACGAGAGGGAUGAGGCGCCCUGGGACUCCUUCGGCCCGGGUGAGGGCCCCUCGGACUCCUUCGGCCCAGGUGAGGGCCCCUCGGACUCCUUCGGCCCAGAUGAGGGCCCCUCGCUCAGGGUGGAGGAGACAGAGUCUGCCCAGGAGAAGGUCUUCACCACUGACAGUGAGGAGGGGGGAGGACAGCCGGACUUCACGCCCUCAGAGGGGAGAGUCGGGCUGAUUUACACUCCUGAUACAGACGCUUCCAAAACGUCCGACGCUGACGUUCCUCCGAGCUACAGCAAGGCCGUCAGCUUCGACCGCCUGGAGCUGAGCGACGAUGACAGCGACAUGGACAGGAAGAGGGGGCGGAUGUUGAUGACCUCCGACAGCCGCUCCGACAGCAGGUCCGACCUCAUGCUGCCCUCCAUGACCACUGAGCUGACCGCCAGCGAACUGCUGCUCAACAAGAUGUUUUACGAUGAGGAGCUGGAGCAGUCGGACAGGUUCUACCUGAAGCAGCCUCUGAUCCUGCAGCUGUGCUACGCCCUUUACAACAUGCUGGUGGCGCAUUCAGAGAUGGUGUGCUACCUGGUCAUCAUCAUCAACCACAUGGUGUCGGCCAACUGCGCCACCCUCGUCCUCCCCACCACCAUCUUCCUCUGGGCCAUGCUGUCCGUGCCACGGCCCAGCAAGCGCUACUGGAUGACUGCCAUUGUCUAUACUGAGGUCACCAUCGUCGUCAAGUACUUCUUCCAGUUUGGCUUCUUCCCCUUCAACCAGAACCUGGUAUUGGAUAAGGGCAAACCUUAUCACCCUCCCAACAUCAUAGGAGUGGAGAAGAAGGAAGGAUACGUCCACUACGACCUGGUCCAGUUACUGGCUCUCUUCUUCCACAGAUCCAUCCUGAAGUGUCACGGUCUGUGGGACGAGGACGACUCCAAAGAGAGGAGAGCGCCCUCCCGUCAGAGCGAGUCAGAGGACGAGGGAAAGAGCAAAUUGGAGGAGAGUGAGAAGGGGUCUGAACAAGCCUCCUCCCUGGUGAGUGAGAGAGGCUCCACUCACACCUUGAGUUCCUUAAACUUUGGCACCUCCAUCGAUUCAGGUCACGUCCGGGUGCAGUACCCGCAGCAGCAGACCUACCAGCGGCGCAAGAGCUCCAGUGGAGGCUCGCACAUUUCUCACCGAUCCCUCCACUCCACUGCGAGGUCCAAGAGAGGAAGUACCACUUCCCACCACAGCAGCCACAAGGACGGCAGCGAGGCCAGCGUCCAUCAGAAGACCCGAAAACAGAUGAUCAUGGAGAAGCUGAGGGAGCAGCUCCUCAAGGGGAAAGCCUUCAUCAUUAAGCGGUUCCUGGAGAUCUACCUUCCCAUGAGGCAGUUCUUCUACAACCUGGUCCACCCGGAGUACAGCGCGGUCACAGACGUCUACGUGCUGAUGUUCCUCGCUGACACCGUCGACUUCAUCAUCAUCGUGUUUGGCUUCUGGGCGUUUGGUAAACACUCGGCUGCAGACAUCACGUCAUCGCUGUCGGAGGAUCAGGUGCCGGGACCCUUCCUGGUCAUGGUGCUGAUCCAGUUUGGCACCAUGGUGGUGGACCGGGCCCUCUACCUCAGGAAGUCUGUCGUGGGAAAAGUCAUCUUCCAGGUCAUCCUGGUCUUUGGGAUCCACUUCUGGAUGUUCUUCAUCCUGCCAGGAGUCACUGAAAAGCGUUUCAACGAGAACAAGGUCGCUCAGAUGUGGUAUUUUGUCAAGUGCAUCUACUUCGGGCUUUCAGCCUAUCAGAUCCGCUGUGGUUAUCCCACCCGCGUGUUGGGAAACUUCCUCACCAAGAGCUACAAUUAUGUCAACCUCUUCCUGUUUCAAGGUUUCCGUCUGGUACCGUUCCUGACAGAGCUGCGGGCGGUGAUGGACUGGGUUUGGACGGACACCUCGCUGUCUCUGUCCAGCUGGAUCUGUGUGGAGGACAUCUACGCUCACAUCUUCAUACUGAAGUGCUGGAGAGAGUCUGAGAAGAGGUACCCCCAGCCGCGAGGCCAGAAGAAGAAGAAGGUGGUGAAGUACGGGAUGGGGGGGAUGAUUGUGGUGCUGCUGAUCUGCAUCGUGUGGUUCCCGCUCCUCUUCAUGUCCCUCGUCAAGUCCGUGGCUGGAGUGGUCAACACGCCGCUGGACGUGUCGUUUUCGAUCACGCUGGCUGGCUUUCAGCCCAUCUUCACCAUGAGCGCUCAGCAAAAACAACUGCAGAAUGUGUCAACAGUCCAGUAUAACAAGUUUCUUCAGAGAUACAAGAAAAACGAUGACGCCUUGCAGUGGCUGGAGAGCUACAGCAAGGACGACCUGAUCAUCGCAGAGCUGAAAGGCAGCUCCAACUCUCUGUGGACCAUCAGCCCGCCCAGCAGGAAAAACCUGAUCGAAAUGCUGAACAGCGACGAGGAGUUCCCCAUCACCGUGGCCUGGUCCGUGCAAAGAAACCUCACUUUUGGUGCCAAGGCUGAAAUAGCGUCGGGAAAACGAGUGACUGCUCUCGACUCGGAGACAAAGAAGGAGCUCAUAGAGAUCCUGAAUGGGACCGGAACCACUUCACAAGUGAUCCUCAAAGAAAUCUUCCCUCGUUUCAUUCGAGCCCCCUCUGACUCGGAUGCCAAGUCUGUGGAUCAUCUUUAUGACGAUCAAAAGAUGUUGAACAUAAGCCUGACGUUGAAGCGAACGGCGAACUUUACGGAACAGAUCCAUGAGUGGUGGAUCGUCAACCAGAUGCAGCCCGGCCCGAUCCCGAAGAGAAACCAGACCAAGAAUGAAACCGGCCUGGAUCUCUACGUGUUCAGCGACCAAGUCAGCCCCCCCAGCCUGGGCUUUCUGGCUGGAUACGGGAUCAUGGGCCUGUAUGCCUCUGUGGUUCUGGUCAUUGGCAAGUUUGUGCGCGAGUUCUUCAGCGGCAUCUCUCACACCAUCAUGUUCGAGGAGCUGCCCAACGUAGACCGCAUCCUCAAGCUGUGCACGGACAUCUUCCUGGUGCGAGAGACGGGGGAGCUGGACCUGGAGGAGGACAUGUACGCCAAACUCAUCUUCCUCUACCGCUCUCCAGAGACUAUGAUCAAGUGGACCAGAGAGAAAACUGAGUGAAUCUCAGCGAGGGGACGUUAAUGGAUGAAGUUUACGUGAGCAGCUAUUUUCGCCUUCUGAGGGAGCUCAAAGUCAGCCAAGGACCAACCCUGUCCUCUUCCACUGAGCUCCUACGGCUGAAAUACAGUUUUGGCUCCACACUAAAACACUUGUUUGGGUUCUAAACUAGUAUUAUAUACAAGUUACCGCUAAAAAAUUAUUGAGGACAGAUUUGCCGGUGCUGUAUUUAUCUCUGGCUCUGUUUGGCAUCCAGAGGAUAUAAUGAACAGCCGGUUGGAGACGGAGAACUCUUUUAAUACAAUUUUCCUAAGUUAUAAAAAAUCUUAAAGCUAAUAUAAAGGUUUUUAAACACAAAUUACCCUCAUCGCUCUUCAUGCCUGCCUCAACAUUUUCACAGUCGCACAGUAGGCGGAGAGAAACUGGCUGCAUUAAUCUUUAAGGGCUUCCCAUUUACAAAUGCACAAUAGUGACCACAUGAGCACAAUCUCAUAUCUUCUCCCAACUGAAACGCUUGGACUGUGGGACUGUGCAAUAUUGAGUUCCUCCAAGAUUUUGAAGGACGUGGACGAAGAGAAAAAGGGCCGGGUCUGACUAAGAAACAUGAACAUUAAGACCUUUUUUUUAUUUAGUUAAAGGUCAGAGGCCACACGGGAGCCUCCUGAAAGACACAAAGCAUUGCGAAACAUUAUCAGACAAUGUUUAAUUGCCUUAUUUUGUUUGUGUGAUAAGAACUGUUAUCAACAUAUCUUUCUCAGGAAGAGCUGUUUCACAGAUAUUCAUCGUAUGAGUUUUAUGUUACAAUAUGUAGGCGUUGAUGGAUCUUAAAGAUUGUAGAAAAAGAAGAGAAGUAUUUAAAUGGCAUGAAAUGUAGUGUGGAUAUUGUUGAGAUGGACUGAGUAUGUUUACUGCACAGGGAAACAUUUUAAAGGCUGUAUUUAGAAAGUAAAUUGUUUUCCUCACAGAGAUUUAUUGCCAAUCCUAAAUGUUCUGAACCAUCUACAGGUUGGCGACACUAGAGACGAGCAGAGGGCUGUUUCUGAAUCAGGGUAACGUGCAUUAGGUGGAAGAUUCCUACACAACACUUGUGAACCUCUCGCUGUUUUUAAACAUUCAUACUCAUGAACACUGUGGCGCGUUCAGUCAUCAAGGAAAAACACGAACAGAAGAAAAAAAAAGACUCCUCACGUGAAGGGCUGAGACACGAAGCCCUUUGGUCCAAACUAUGCAUUAGAGGACAUUGUAGCAUGAUAGAAAAACUUCAUUAUUGCCAUGACUAAUUUUCAUUACAUGUACAUACAUACAAGUUACCGGGGGACAGGUCGAGGUGGAAUGAAAUGUGAAAAUGUACCCGUGUGUUUAAAGCGAUGUUAAGGUAUGAUAGAGGUCCAAAGAUCUGCGAAUAAAACAUCUGGAAAGGUGUCGAGUUUUGAA